CAGCACAUCUGAAUACUGAGCUAGCACUUGAGUCCACACACAGAACAACACUUAAAGAGAGGCACUUCAGACUUGAAAACAUGCACAAAACGAAGACUUUUUAGGAAUAUGAAACUAGGCAGACCAUAGCUUUUGCCUCACAGACAUAAACAUAACUGAAAACGAGAUAUUCCUGAUUUAUUGGCUCUGCUGACUGAUGCCACAGUGCUGUGAUGGAGAUUGAGUCUAUGGUAGCGAACACUGCACUGAUCAGGGCUAGAGAAGGCUGUGGUGGCAAACACAAAGGAAGAAGCAGGAGAUGGAAAGAACUUCUGCGUUUUCCGCACAUUAACGAGUGUACGGAGCUGGAAAACAGCAUUGAACGGGACUAUGGUAGUCUGUGUGUGGAGCAGCCUAUUGGGAAGGCACUAUUUCACCUCUAUUGUGAGACUCGGCCAGAGCUCAAACGCUGCAUUGACUUCUUGGAUGCAAUGGAAGAGCAUGAAGUGAUGCAAGCUGAGAAACAGAAGAACCUUGGCAAUGAAAUUAUUGAAAAGUACCUCAACCCAAAGUCUCCUCAAUUCGUGCAGGAGAUACCAGAGAGCUGCCGACAGAUGUGUUUACAGAAACUACAGCACAUUUACAACAGUGACUUCAGCUACUGCCGCAACGUUGUCCAUGACUAUCUAAGUGGAGACCCCUUCAAAGACUAUCAGAACAGCAUGUAUUUCGACCGGUUCCUACAGUGGAAGAUGGUGGAAAGAAAGCCCAUCACGAGGGACACAUUUCGAGACUACCGCAUUUUGGGAAAGGGAGGGUUUGGGGAGGUAUGUGCAACCCAGGCCCGAGCAUCUGGGAAAAUGUAUGCCUGUAAAAAACUGGAGAAGAAGCGUGUCAAAAAGCGCAAUGGUGAAACCUUGGCCCUAAACGAGAAGCAGGCCCUCGAGAAGGUUAACAGCAGAUUUGUGGUCAGUUUAGCCUAUGCCUACGAGACCAAAGGUGCUCUGUGCCUGGUUUUGACACUAAUGAAUGGCGGAGACCUGACGUUCCACAUCUAUAACAUGGGCAGCUCAGGAUUUAGCAAAGAGAGGGUCCAGUUUUACGCUGCUGAAAUCCUCUGCGGCCUGGACCACCUUCACAAACAUUCUAUUGUUUAUAGGGAUUUAAAGCCAGAUAACAUUCUUCUGGAUGAUUAUGGGCACAUACGGAUCUCUGAUCUGGGAUUAGCAGUCAUUUUGGCCGAAGGACAACUUGUUCGAGGCAAAGUGGGAACAGCGGGAUACAUGGCUCCAGAGGUCAUCAAAAAUGAGUACUACAGUUUUAGUCCAGACUGGUGGGGACUCGGAUGUCUCAUUUAUGAGAUGACUGCUGGGAGACCUCCGUUCCGAGACCGCUCAGAGCGGAUACACAGGAAGGAGCUGGAAUUUAGAGUGCUGGAGUCUGAGGUGCACUACGGGGAAAAAUUCGACAACACCGCUGAAGCCAUCUGCCAAGCGCUCUUGAACAGGAAUCCAAAGGAGAGACUGGGAUCUAAGGAUGAUGACGCAGCAGCUGUAAAAGCUCAUUUGUUCUUUCAGGAUGUUAGCUUCAAAAGACUGGAGGCAGGAAUGAUGGAGCCCCCCUUUGUGCCUGACCCUAGAGCUGUGUACUGCCAAGACGUUUUGGACAUUGAUCAGUUCUCCACAGUCAAAGGAGUGAACCUUGAUGCAAAAGAUGAGGACUUCUACUUCAAGUUCAACACAGGCAGCAUGCCCAUCCCGUGGCAGAACGAGAUGAUCGAGACAGAGUGCUUUAAGGAGCUGAACGUAUUUGGUCCCAGAGGCUCAAGGACACCAGACCUCGACAGGUCCAUUGUAAUCCGACGUAGCCCCCCAGUCCCACAAAAACCCCGGACUCCUUCAGAGUUUUCUCGACACAAGUUGAUUGAUAAAAUUUUCAAAAGACGCCAUCGUGACGAGUUGACUCAGCGGAAGAGCCGUCCGUCAAACAAGAAGACAGAUGAUCCACAGGCAAGACUGCUAGAGUCUUCUGAUAGCUGUUAAAUACCCCAUACAGUAACAACUAAGAUUGCAAAGCUAAGACCACUGCAGUGGCUCAAAAGAACCUGAAAAAGUUCUGCAAACUUGGUGCUAACAUUCACAAAUCCUUGUCAAAGUGUGCAGGAGCAUGAUGUAAAUUGAUUAUCUGCAUUAUUUUAAGCUUGUUUUUGAAAUGUUUGCAUUAGUUGUACAUCCUGUGUAUAUAUGUGACUGAAAAUCUGUGAAACUAAUGUGUAUAUUUUGCCU